AGAGAUGCAAUUCAUCUGUUUGUGAGGUCAGCCUCAAAGAGCACGCGGGCUAAACCUGCUUUAUAUGUGGGAAAGCAGUCUGCACUCCGUUCUUGGUGCUCACUCUUGGCCAUUCUUAAGUCCCUUACGAGUCCUCUUGGGUGGACCAUGACCCACCUCUCUCAACUCUUCGAACCACCGUCAUAACCAGCCCUCUUCUGCGUGGCAUAGUGGAACCCGUGAAAAAGGUCGAAAGCGAGCAUAGGAAAAGAAUCUCCCCGUCACGGCAUCACAUCAAUGUGGGCCAGAUAACAGAAAGUCUUGCUACGCCGACUUAGUUCUCCUGCCUCCGGCAAUGACACCGACUCCUUCUUGGAAUCACGUCCUCGCACGAGAUUUGCCUGCCCCGGAUCCCUCGGCUGUAGCUCGCGGCAACGCUCUGCAACACUGGUCAUUGCAAGCGCAGAAGCGCUACGUCAAUGUUUCAGAUUCGCAAGGCGACUUCAACGGGACUUGUGACAGUACCGAGUCCAAUUUCCCUUUGGAUGCCGCAGAGGGCCAAUGCGCGAGCUACUACCCCGACAUCACAUCGUACUGCUGCGCUGCUGUGGGUGGUAUCUUACAGGAGAUGCAACUGGUAGUAGGCGACAAUAGCACCGAGGCGCAAACCAGCAGCAACUCGUCCGACCUGGAGCCCAUCUGUGAGACAACAAAUUACGCCGAUAUGCUCGACUGCUACAAGUACGUUGCCGAAACACACUGUCGUUCGGCAGUGGUUGGCCCUUGGGGCGUCUGCCACCCAGCCCACGAUAAAGUGGACACCAGUCGAUCCGUCCAGCACAGCAGUGGGUCUUCCCUCUCUCCCAGUCCAACUGGACUUCUCAUCCUCUGCCUCGUACUCUCCUCUCUCGGUAUCUCCAUUGUCCAUUAUUAGGUCCUCACUUUCAAGCCACAUAUACCCAUCGUCUGCUUCAAUCAGAUGCAGUGCUAGUCUCUUCUUCAGUAUUGUUAGAGCUUGCUUUCUUGGAGAACUCUCAGGAGAAAUUAUCGUGUAACGCCAUACGAGCAACAUAUUUAAAGGAUCACCCAAGAGCUGCCCGCACAACAAAAUGGAAAAGUACCGACGGCACAAACACC